AUGGUGUCCCAAGAGCUGCCCAAACACGACACGGCAGCUCCCUCUGCCGAUUCAGCCCAGCCGCUUCAUCCACAACAACAAUAUCCACAGCAACCGUCCCAGACACCAUGGCCCGACGAUCCCAGCGAAGCCAUAUGGGAGCAUGUCGGCGUAGAAAGAGGCAGCUCUGGAACGCCAGCUUGCCCUCCCCCCUCGCACCCCGUGGCAAACACACCACCGCCAGGCAACAGCCUGACCAGCCAGGGCGACGCCGACGAGAAUGUCUGGGACGAAGCUAAACGACAACAGCCCAGCCAGGCCGAAACAAACAGUCCAGGGCAGAUUCCAGAUAUACUCAGACCUGGCGGCAAUAGAGCUGCCACGAACCCAUUUCUGAAGAGGAAACCAGUACCUCAGACACCGGAGGCUAUGCCGACCGAAGCCUUCUCCAAGCUGAGCGUUGACGACGCCAGCCAAGAUGCCAAUCCGUGGCAGCAAGUCGUCGACAGUCAAAGGACUCACAUGGGUCAUCCUACUCCGCAGCCGCGACCAGUCACAGCUGACGGCAUCGAGAGUGAUCCGUGGGCCGCUAAUAUCGACGAGCCAUCCAUCUCGCAGCCAAGCAUCCCUCCCAAGUCUCCAGCUUUGAUAUCGCUAAAAUCAGACAAUGAUGACCAACCCGCCUGGAAAGACGAGCUUGUCAACAACGGUGACCAAACUGUCAUCGAGUCACCACCGACUGCCGUGGCCGACGAACUACUGCAUCAGAAUGUCUGGGACGAUCUCGGUGCAUUUGACAAGGGAAAGGCCAAGGUGCAACAACUCUCGGCGCCCGGUCACGCCGCCCAGAUCGACGACUGGAGCCUCAUUGACGCCGAAUCAUGCUCAACCCCGUCGAAACACGCAAAAGAGGAUGAGAGUGCAGAUGAGAGGCCGCCUUUGCCAGCACGAUCCACAGGCCUACAGCAGAAAUGGGUUCCCUCGCGACCGCCCGUUGAUGCCAAAGCCGAGACUUACCAAGUGAAGAAUAUCCGAUGGCACGAUGCAAAGUCUCAACAGAAUCCUCGAACGUCGCCCAUACUAAUCCAGAACGAGAACGGCCCUUGCCCCCUGGUGGCACUGGUCAACGCCUUGACCCUGACAACACCGGCUGACAAUCCCGACACCACCUUUGUGCAGGUCCUCAGGUCGCGGGAGCAAAUCAGCCUGAAUUUGCUUCUCGACGCAGUCCUGGACGAGCUCAUGUCACCACGACGUACAAACUCGGAAGAUGCCCUGCCGGACGUGUCCGAUCUGUAUGCUUUCUUGCAAAGCCUGCACACCGGCAUGAAUGUCAACCCUCGGUUUGUGCCGACCCCAGCAAUGGUCGACGCCUACAAGCGGACUUCUCUGACACAUCUGCACCCCACGGAGCGAGGAAACCUCAUCCCGGGGACGUUUGAGAACACAAUGGAGAUGAGCCUCUAUGCGGCAUUCUCUAUUCCACUAAUACACGGCUGGCUGCCAUCACAAACGGACCCUGCGUACAGCGCCCUGGAACGGCAGGCUGGCUCAUAUGAAGACGUGCAGAACUUGUUGUUCCGCGAAGAAGAGCUCGAGGAAAAGCUUGCUUCGCCUACUGGGCUUACGGAGGAUGAGCAGCAGCUAUACCAAGACAUUGUGACUAUUAAAAUGUUUUUAAGCGCAUCAGCUACUCAACUGACGGCGUGGGGCAUCGAAGUCAUAGGAAAGGCGAUGCGCCCAGGCACGUUUGCCAUUCUUUUUCGAAACGAUCACUUCAGCACCUUGUAUUGUCACCCGCAAACACUGCAGCUGCUCAGUCUUGUGACUGACGCCGGCUACCGAACCCACGAUGAAGUUGUCUGGGAAAGCCUCGUGGAUGUCAAUGGGGAACGGACCGAGUACUUGUCCGGGGACUAUCGUCUCAUCGGACUGACGCAUGAGGCUGGACCAAGCACCAACCUGAACAGCUCGACGACUGACCACGGCGGCCAGUGGACAACCGUACAAAACAAGCGUGGCAAGGGAAGACAGCAGGAUGAAGAGACGGGGUCGGCAGUCUCGCCGCACGAGCAAGAAGAUCGAGAUUUGGCGCUUGCCUUGCAACUCCAAGAGGAAGAGGACCAAAAACAUCGCGAGGAACAGGCUCGCCGUCAGCGAGAGAGGGCCCUGUCUGAGCAAUACAUUGAACAGCAGGGCCACCGGCCUGCCCCCGUCAACCGAGAUCGAAGGCGCACUUCUACUCCCGGACACGGCGGCAUCGCCCCGGAAAGGCGUAGCUCGAAUACCUACAGCGUCCCGGUUACAACAAGCACAUCGCACCCGCAACAAUCUGGCAUCUCGCAGCCUCUGCAGCCGCAGCAGCAGCAGGCACCAGUACAACAACAAGUCGUCAGGCCGCUUGUACCGCCCCGUCGGCCCGGCGUGACUCGUCGAGCAGAAUCGAAUGGAGACGACGCGCCGCCGUCCUAUGAGCAGGCAGCGCAAGCUGCGGCUUAUAUCCCGCCCGUGGGACACCCGAGCCACUCGCAGAGUAGCACGGCAUUAUCUAGGCAGACGUCGGCGAGCGUCGAGCCAUCUGCUGCUGCCAGUCAGGUCCAGGGCGUUGCCGGUCAGCCGUUGAUAUCAGUCGACCCGCCUACGAAUUUCGUUCCGGGUUCGCACAGCCAGCGGGCGUCCAUGUCAUCCAGCUCGAGGCGACAGGCUGUGGGCCACGGCGGGCGAGACAAGGAUUGUGUGGUGAUGUAG